AUGUCUGCAACCAAAGCCCUUACCAAAAUCCCCCUCCGCCAGUUGGGCAAGAAUGGACCUCAUGUCGCUAAGCUCGGUUUUGGAUGCAUGGGUAUCGGAGCGUUCUAUGGUCAAUCCUCUGCCAGUGAGGAAACUAUCUUGAAGACGUUGACCUACGCCGCCGAUAGAGGAAUGACUUUCUGGGACACAGCCGAUAUCUAUGGUACAUCUGAGGCUACUCUCGGGAAGUGGUUCGAAUCCACUAAACGACGCAAAGAUAUCUUUUUGGCCACCAAAUUCGGCGCUUUCGACCCCACUGGGCCCCCCGAGAAAGGUGUGAUAUCCCAACCGUCCUACGUUCGCAGGGCCUUCCUCCGCUCGCUUUCCCAGCUGAAGACCGACUAUGUCGAUCUCUACUAUCAGCAUCGUGUAGACGCCAAAGUGCCUAUCGAAAUCGUCUUGGAAGCCCUGCGCGAGUUCGUUGAGUCAGGUCAGAUCAAGUAUCUAGGCCUCAGCGAGUGCAGCGUCGAGACUUUGAAAAGAGCCAAGAAUGUCAAGGGACUUGGUGAUAAGAUCAUUGCCGUCCAGAUGGAAUACUCUCCGUUCACAUUGGACAUAGAGCUGCCGUACGUCAGCUUUGCUCAGGAAGCGGAAGCCCUCGGUGUAUCUGUCGUCGCCUACAGCCCCCUCGCUCGUGGUCUGGUCACUGGCCGCUACCGCUCCCGGGCUGACUUUGACGCGGGUGACUUGCGGCUGAUCCUACCUCGCUGGUCCGAAGAAAACUUCCCCAAGAACCUCGAGAUCGUUGACAAGUUGCACCAAAUUGCUGCUAAGAACAACGCUACGCCCCCCCAAGUCACUCUCGCCUGGAUCCUUGCGGAGCACCCCACUUGGAUUCCAAUUCCUGGCUGCCGCACUACCGAGCGCAUCGAGGAAAACGCUCAUGGCGCCGAAGUGGAACUUUCGGCUGAAGCCAUCAGAGAAAUCCGCGAGUUGGUCGACAAGGCCGAGGUCGCCGGAACCCGAAACCGUAGUCUGUCCUGGAUCGCGACCGCAGUGGAGGGCAACUGUCUCCCGCUCGACCAGUGGAAGGGCGAGAAUCAAGCAUGAUGCAUGGUGAUGUAGUCUUCCCGGCGAUAUGUAGCACUUCGAUUGAUCAAGGUCCCGAAUGACGCGCACCUCUUUUAAGUAGCGGACUGCUUUCCAAUUGUAUCAUCCUUUUGGAAAAUGCAACUAUUCCAUUCUGAAAAAAACACCGCCAUUAUUUGUCUGCAGGGUUCAUUUUAUUGCACGUAUCACCAAAAUAUAAAUGUACACCCAGCCCUU